AUGGGUCAGAUCCAGUACUCGGACAAAUACUUUGAUGAUACUUUUGAGUACAGGCACGUCGUACUUCCUCCUGAAGUUGCCAAGCUCUUACCGAAGAAUCGUAUUCUAUCGGAAAGUGAAUGGCGUGCAAUAGGAGUCCAGCAAAGCAGAGGAUGGGUUCACUAUGCAAUUCAUCGUCCUGAGCCACACAUCAUGCUCUUCAGGAGGCCUCUCAACUACCAGCAGGAGCAUCAAGCUCAGCAUGGGAUUGCUAAGUAG